UACUACGUUUUCCAAAAGCGCUGAAUGGGAGUACUACCCAAAACGUACCUCCCGGUUCCCAUUCUCUUGUACUGCAAACAUUUUCACAGUACUACAGCAGUACUCAUAUACGAGCAUGUGCCACGUCUGUAAUUACUCGUUUUACCGAGGGUAUUUUGCUGAGGGAAUUGAUAUGGUAUCGACAGGGACAAGAAAAAAGUCAGCUGAGAAGCCGGCACUGGCGGAGUAACUUGUAAGAAAUCUCUCUCUCAUCACUCUCUCUCUCUCCCCAAUCCUCUUUCCAUCUCUCCCACCCCAUUUCCUCCCCGGAAACCAAUCCGACCAAAAAUGAUGCACAUGACCUUCUACUGGGGCCGGGACGUGACCCUGCUGUUCGACUCAUGGAAGACCAAAACGUGGGCGGAAUACUGCCUCACCCUCUUGACCUGCUUCCUCUUCUCCGCCUUCUACCAGUACCUCGAAGACCGCCGCCUCCGCCUCAAACAACCACAACUUUCCUCCUCCUCCUCCUCCUCCUCAACCGCGCCCACGACCACAACGCCUCUCCUCGAUUCCAAGCUCGGCGGCAGCGGAGGCGCGAGGAGUCUCGUUAGGCUUUUGGGGGCCGCGAUGUUCGGAGUCAACGCCGCGAUCGGGUACAUGCUGAUGCUCGCUGUCAUGUCGUUCAACGGCGGCGUGUUUGUCGCUAUUGUGGUGGGGCUGUCCGUUGGGUACUUGGUGUUCAGGAGCCAUGAUCAGGACGUGGUCGUUGUUGACAAUCCUUGUGCCUGUGCUUGAAAGGGGAAAUCGAAAUUGAAGUUCGAAGCAUUUCCGAUUUGGAUCUGGGCUUCUCCUUUGAUUGUUAAUAAUCGUGUUUCUUGUUUUUACUUUCGUUUCUGGGGUUUGACGAUUGGAUCUAAGGAUCCGAUUUUCUUCCAUACUUGGUGGACCUUCUGCGAUUGGUUCCGUUUAUGAUUGUUACUUAUAUGUAAGCAUACACAUAGCUCUUCGAUCUGUAAUUUGUAUGUUGAAAUGUUGGUCGUGCUUUGAAUCCUCAAUACAGCGGUGACUGUGGUGAAUGGUUUUCGUUGUU